CAAAUCAAACUGCGAGGGAAGUAACAGUAAUUAUUAGCUAUUUUGUUAUUAAUUAAAGUAACUAAAAUAUUUAAUUCUAAAAUUGAAUUUACGCAAAGGCAAAUGCUUUAAUCUUGCUUUAAGCUUUUUGACAGUUGUUGAUAAAAACAGAACAUAUUCAUUAACUUUACUAAAAUAAACACGUACUGGAUAUGGACCCAAAAGAUGAAUUGCAAAACCAUUCAGAACCUAAAAGUCAUGGAAAAAAAUGGAGUUUUUCCAAAGAAGACAUGGAUUAUGCUUUGGAGCAUCUUAGAUCUGGUAAAAGUAUACGUCAAACAUCCCGUAUCACAAACGUGCCUUAUGCUACUGUACGAAGGUAUUGGCUAAAGCAAAAGGGAUAUGAAAUAUCUCGCAGAAAUUUACAAUCACAAACAUCGGCUUCGUCAAGUUCAACUUCAAACAUCAAAAGUAUUUUAAAAAAAAACAAUGACUCUUCACCAAAUAAAGUGAAAUCGGAUAAUGAAGAAUAUAAAACAUUUACUGAAGAACAAGAAAUGGAAUUGGCUUCUUUAUUUAAUGGAAAAAAUGGUACGGAUUGUCGUAAAAUUGCAUAUGAAAUGGCAGUACAAUGGAAUGUUUCAUUGCAUAAGAUCUGGAGUAACGAAGAAAUGGCUAAUAUUGAAUGGAUCGCAAAUUUUCGUAAACGACUGCCAGAUUUAUUAGAAAAACAAUAUAAAAAUAAUCAAAUUUAUCAUAAGUUAUCAAAAGAAAAUCUUUCAACACAUGAUAAUGAUAAUAGUUUACCAAAGACGACGGAUACGUUGAAUUCAUGUCAAUUUACUAUGUCUACAAAUUCAGUCAGAAGGAAUUCUGGAUCUAGUGAUGAAUUAGACUCAUUCGGAAAUGAAUCUUCCAGUUCAAAUCAUGAAUUAGACGUAAAAAUUGAACCGAAUGAAUACCAGUUUAAUAGAAAGCAGAGUAGCACAACUGCUUGGGGGAAAAAAAUAUCAAGUAACUCAUCUCUAAAUAAAAGAGAAAAAAGUAAUGUGAACUUUUUUAAUGCGAAUAAUUCAGAAGAUAUAAAAUUGUUUUCAUCGGACCGGAAUAAUGAAAAUAAUUCAAAUAUAGCUAUAAAUGAAAAGAAUAAUUCUACGCUUACAGAACAUGAUCUUUUAUUUUCCGGCAGAGAUAAUCAGAGUCAUUUUGUUAAUUCCAAUUUGCAGCAAACAUAUCAACCGCAAGAAAGUUUUGAAGAAAUUGGUACUUCAUUUUUACGUUUUAACAAUACAAACAAUCAUUUAAAUCAAGAAGAUCGAACCAAUGAACCUGGUGACAGUAACAUCUCAGAAAGACCAAAACAGACCGAUGUCCAUAUGGAUCAAAAUUUUUCGAAUUUUCUUAGCAAUUCAAAGGGGGUUUCUAAACAAAAUAUGGAUGCUGAUGAAUUAUUUUUAUUAUCACUUUUGCCUGCACUUAAAAAAAUUCCUGAAAAAGAUAAAAUAAAAGCUAGAAUCAAGUUGCUGGAAGUUAUGGAUCAGUUUUAAAAUUUGAAUAUUGUUUUAUAAUAAUUAUAUUAUUAAUAGAAUAUAAAAUAAAUAUCUCCUGAUAUAUGUACUGGCAUUUUCCGUUUUAUGGGAAAAUUAAUUUCAUUAAGAUUUUAAAAAUA